CCACUAUUAUAAACGUUAAGCCCACCUUUUUGCUAUUACUAUUAACUCUAUAUAUAAUCGACUUCAAGACCUAAUUAUAAAUAAUAUUAAGUAGUGCCAUACCCACUAAAAAAGUACAUAUAAAAAUGUCCAAUAUUCCCGACGACGCCAGCAGUAUGAGUGAUGAUGUAUUCGAAGAUGUCGAAACCACCGCAAAACGUAUAGAAGAAACACGCCGACGUACUGAACAAGCCAAUAUCGAAUUUAAUUUAUCUCGUGAUAAUUAUGCGGAAGGUCAAGCAGCAACUGACACCUACCAUUCAGCUCAUCAAAAUGUACAUAGUAGUAAUUAUGGCAGCAAUCGAAUAACAAAUACUGCAACGAGCCAUCAUCAUCAUCAACAUCAACAUCAUCCGCAUCAACAUCAUCAUCAUCACUCUCAACAUCGCUCCACAACGUCUAGUGGUUAUCCAGGUUAUCGCCCACCGCGCGAAGCUUUGCAAAUGUAUGCCUUCGAGGAUGGUGACGACUACGAUGAUGGUUGGCGUUCUUAUCGUUACGACGAAGUUGACAUGUACCCACAACCGCAACAGCAACCCUUUGAUGAUACCAUCAACCAUAAGACAAUAUUACUUGGAGAUUCCGGUGUCGGUAAAACCUCUUUUCUAGUUAAAUAUAAUACGGGAGAAUUUCGUUUGGGUUCAUUUUCCGCAACUGUUGGUAUUGCACUGACGCGCUUACCUAAACAAACGAUACCAUUCAUAAAAAUUGCAGUCGGAAUCACUUUCGAAGAAAUCAACCAAGAUUGGGAAUGGCUGUCAGAAAACUUGUUUAGCGUUUUGAAUGAGAUGGGAAGUGAGGAGGAUAUCACGAAUUUUACAAAUUGUAAAAUACAAUCUCUGUGCGCCCAAAAUAAUCAAGAUGAUGGGUAUGAAUCGGCAAACUUCAAGAUUACAGUAUCCAAAUUUCGACAACUGUUUAACAUGCCAGAGGAAGAGCAAUUGGUGAACACGUAUUCCUGCACCUAUGUUAAUAAAAUACCAAGGCAGGGUCAUUUAUAUAUAUCAUUAAAUCACAUCUGCUUCUAUUCUUAUAUGCUGGGUCAGGAAACGAAGCGUGUAAUACGUUUUGCGGAACUACAAGAAAUAAAAUUAUAUGGCAGCACAAUUUAUAUAAAAACAAACAAUGCAAUUCAGUAUAAAUUUACACUUUUAUUUGGUGCUAAAGAAGCAUACGAUUUAUUAGAGCAAUUAAGUAAGAUGGCUAUCCAACAAAUAAUAAAAAAUCCUGACAGUCCCAUUGUUGAUCAUGAACCAACAAAUUUCCAACGUUUAGGCCGUAAGAAGUCCAACAAACCAGGCUUACUUCGGGAUCUAACAGCACGACAAAAAUCGGAAGAAUAUCGCAUGUAUUUUCGUUUACCAGGAUCGGAAAUUAUUGAUGGUCAGAUUAAAGCUAAUUUAUGGACACAUUAUUCCAAACGAUUUGCUAGUGGAUAUAUAUAUUUGUCGGCAAAUUUCUUCUGUUUCCGAAGUGAUGUAAAAGACUUAGUCAGUCUUGUUAUACCCAUGAAGAAUAUAAAGACCGCCCAAAAAAAAGAUGAUGGACCACAUCGGUUUGAUAAUCAAAUAGUGAUAACAACCGAUACUCUUCCAUUUAUCUUCGCUCAAAUUGUUGACCGUGAAACGCUUAUAUUGAAAAUAUCAAAUUUACUAUCACGCCUUGAAUUACCUGUUAACCGGGAGCGUCCCAAAUACGAUAUAUCAUGGGGCAAACAAACUGCUUUAAUUCAAAUUUUUAAAACUGAAUUCAGCGCUGAAAUGCUGAAAAUACAAGAUGAAAAGAUGGCGCGUUGGGAGUCACAUUUUCGUGAUUUUGGGCGUGGCAUAUCCAUGUUUCGCACAACAGAAGUAAUUAAUCUUAUAGUGGAAGGCAUACCAGAUAAAUUAAGAGAGGAAAUUUGGUUAAUAUUUUCUGGUGCCAUACAUGAAAAAGAAAUGAAUCCAGGUCUAUAUGAAGAUCUAGUAGAAAAAGCUGCAUGUAUUAAGCACUCAGUCAUACAUGAUGAAAUUGAUCGUGAUCUGCAUCGUUCUCUACCUGAACAUCCUGCAUUCCAGCACUCUGAUGGUAUAGGUGCAUUACGACGUGUUUUGCAAGCAUAUGCGCUGCGUAAUCCACAAGUUGGCUAUUGUCAAGCCAUGAAUAUUGUUUCCUCUGUAUUUCUACUGUAUUGCGAUGAAGAGAAUGCAUUUUGGAUGUUAGCCAGUUUGUGUGAGAACCUGUUACAGGAUUACUAUAAGGAUAGAGUAGUAGGAGCUCAGAUUGAUCAAGGUGUACUCAAUGAAUUAGUUGAAACGCAUUUACCAGAACUGCAUGUCCAUCUGGAUAAAAUGGGCAUUAUAAAAAUGAUCUCACUUUCAUGGUUUCUAACUAUUUUCAUUAGUGUUAUAUCGUAUGAAAGCUCGUUACAUAUUAUCGAUUGUUUCUUCUAUGAUGGUGCCAAAAUUAUAUUUGUGAUUGCUUUGCAAAUUCUCGAAUGGAAUCGUGAUAAAUUGCUACAUUGCAACGACGAUGGUGAAGCAAUGCUCGUAUUGACAAAAUUCUUGGAAGGCAUUUAUAAUCCUGAAUAUCAAUUACCUGCGCCAACUGAGAAACGUAAAGCUGCACGUCAACACACACAGACAGUACAAACAUUAAUACAUGAGGCAUAUACAAAAUUUGGUGCUAAGAUAUCAUUACAAAAUAUUGAAGAACUACGUAACAAGCAUCGACGUCUGACACUACGCCAAUUCGAUAUCGAUAAUGAAAACACAGUAGUCAAAGCACAUGAAAAAAACAUGUAUUUCAAAAAAGAGGAAUUGCAUAUGCUAUUAGAAAUUAUACGUGAGGAAAAAAUGGCUCUUCGUAAAGUUAAUCAGCAAAAAACGCAAGGAACGAGUGAAUCUCCUAUACUGUUAUCCUCACCAAUGCAUCCACGUCCUUUUCCAGAGGAUAACUGCAGUCGUGCCGAAGCUUACAAUGUAGAUUUCGAAACGUUUAGGGUAUUAUUUUAUGAGCUAACACCAUGGCGUUCAUACGCUACAAUUGACUUGGCUGAAAAACUCUUUAGGUUAACAGACAAAAAAAGUACUGGUUUACUAAGCUUUUCACAGAUCCUGAAUUCAAUAGGUCUCGUUUGCUCAUCGAAAUAUACAGAAAAGCUAAAAUUACUCUACAUACUCCAUUUACCGCCAUUAUUAUCAAAAGUUGAGAUUGAACAUACACGUCAACCAAUUACAAAGACUAAAGAUGAUGCUGAUGAAGCUUUUGAAGCAGAAGAUUUCUUUUGUGAUGAUCCUACGGAUUCAAUUGAAGCGCUACCUUCACCUUCUGACAAAAACUUUGAUGAAGAUUUCGCUUUAGCGAGUGCCACACAGCAUUUGCACAAUUUGGCUGGUAUCAGUGGUAGUACAUUUGUGGAUCCGAUACGCACACCGAAUCUGUCGACAAAUUCAAAUGCUUCAUCAACAGCAUUGAAUGCGCGUACAUCUACAUUUUAUGUAGAUCUACCGAGCGAGGAGGAGUAUGUUGCCAAAUCACAAAAUGGCGCAAGUAGUAGCUCAGGGCUCUUAAUUGAUGGCCUCCGCCAACAAGGACGUUUUGAAUCGAUUGAUACGUUCUCAGAUAUUUCAGAUUUAGGCGCAGCUAAAGUAACGCCACCGCAUCUUAACGUGGAAACAAUAUCAAAUUAUUCACAAAUAAGUGAUUUAGUGAAUACGACAAAAAUGGAACGUUCCGAUUCGACUACGGAUACCAAAAGUUUGGGUAGCUUGGGUUAUUUAUUCGACCAACCCGAUUCCAAUUCGCCAAAUGGUAAAAUACCAAACAUGAAAAAGGCCAAUUUUCAGUUUCUAUGGCAAAGUUUAGUGGAAAUAGUAGGAGAGCAAGAUGCUGAUAUGCGAAAAGCUUAUGAAAAUUUAUUGGAGAUGGGUAACAAUACCAUUAAAAAAGAAUCAAGCUUGGAAAGCUUUACACAGCUCAACAUUAGUAACGAUGAGCCUGACACGAAUGGGAAUCCGACUACACCAUCAGAACCUGCUUCUACUACUCGUCUAUUUAUGGCAUUUGAAGAGCAGUAUCGCUUAGCAUGCGCUUCUAACAGUUCUGGAAAUGCUGGCACUAGCACAAAUGACAACAAUUUUGUUGACUUGGACACUUGGGAGAUUUCAAUUAAUCAAUUUAUGACAACAGUUUUAUCUGUUACCACAAUUGUAACUUGUUUUUUUAUAGAAACAUCAAUAAAAGAAAACAUUGAAAGAAUGCGUAAAAAUCGUCGAAAAUGUUUAACAUCGAAUUAUUAGCUUAUAUCUAGACAGAACAAUAUACUAUAGUAUGUAUGUAAGAAAUUAACUGAAUAAUCCUAAAUUGUAUAU